GCGGCCGCGCCCUCUGGGUAGCAUCAUCGACAAGUCGGAGCCAAGUCUGCCAAGUUGACCAAUUUGUGAACGCGUACGGAAUAGCCAGACGAACCAUCGGGCGCUUAGGUUGCGCUUGAGUUUUGGUCAACGUAUAUGGUGACACAAGCUGCACGCUGGACGAUCGCCUUUCUACAAUCUGCCCAGCGGCCGUGAGAAGCAACGUGGACAGCCGCUGGGAGUUAACGCCGGAGAGGACACCGAAAGGAAGCCCCGCUAUCACGUGCCUUGAGGUGUGCCCCAUUCUGCGACUUUCCUGUCUGCUGCAGGCCUCUACACUUGCAAGGGGUGCCAGACGACUGCGCCCAACCAGAAUGUGGGCAGUGCAAUGGCCCUCAUGAAUGCUUGCUGUGUGCUCAAAUCAAGAUGUCUGUACACCAAAGGCCAUCUGUCACCAACAGGAUGGAACAGGACCUCAUGUGACACGGUUCAUUUGGCAAGAUGGCAUCCUCGGACAACAAUGGAGCCACUGCACCGAAGGUGGAGGACGACCACUCGGUGCUGCAGCGGCCCAUCGCGCUGGGUGUGCAGGGCGUGCGGCAGAUCAUGCAGUGCAUGAGCGGUGGCAGCCGCGAGGUCAAGGACGUGCUGCUCAACGAGUGUAGCGUGCUGUUCGAGUGCAAGGUGUGCCGCAGCUUGUUCCGCAGCCUGGCCAACCUGCUGGCCCACAAGCGCGUCUACUGCACCCAACACCUGUGCGAGGCGAUGCCGCUUUGCGCACUCUCGGCGCCGUCAGAGGAGCCGACGCCGCCGACGCCGCCGAGCGCCACUGGCGAGUUGCAGCUGACACCCAUUGCAGGCACCACGAGUGCCGUGUAUCAGCGGGUGCACCGCGAGGACGAGCAGCCGCCGCUGGACAAGGGACCGUCCUCGAGCCAGGCGACCUCGUCGCGGACCAGCUACCUGUCUGCGCGCAGCGACUGUGACCUGUCCCGGCUGGCAUGCCUCAACUGCGACACGACAUACACGUCUGUCAAGACGCUCUACUUGCACAUGGUGUCGCUGCACUCAACUACGCGUCGCUACUACCCGUGUCCCUUGUGCCGCGCCAGCUUCGUGCAGAUGUGGGGGGUCACGCGCCACCUCGUAAGUGUGCACGGUCAGACCAAGGAGCAGAUCGUUCAGUUGCGCGACAGCAUCCGCGGUGGCGUCCAGCUGCGCAAGAGCCGGCUGCAGCACAUGGUCGACUGCCUGCUGCGCAACAACGGCACCGCCGCUGUCUGCAGCCGGUGCAGUCGGCCGCCGGCCGCCUGCCCCUGCCACCGAGUGGACCGACCGGCCAAGAAGGCCCGCCGCAAGGGCGUGCCACGGCGCAGGCCCCUCGUGUCGAACCCAGAUAGGACUAGUGGUAGUGGUGCCGAGAGGACAGUGCAGCAGCGCAGUGCCAACAAGCGCGUCUCACCAGCUAUGGAGCGCAAGAUCCUGGCUAUCAUUGACUAUGACCGGCUGGCGUGCCUGCGCUGCGAGCGGCUCUUCUCGAGCUUCUCGAGCCUGCGCCGGCACGCGGCCGUGCACUUGGGCUACAGUCGGUACCAGUGCACUCGCUGCAGCUACCAGUCGUACAACCGUGCCGACUGCCGCAGCCAUGUGCAGCGCGUGCAUGCGGACGCGGCGCACGACGCCGAGCGCAUGAUUGUGCACGUGCCGGGCGAAGAGGAGGGCGGCCACCCGAUGGCCACGCGCUUCCCGCGCCUCGACUCGCUCUCAACGCUGGUCACGCGCUCGGGCGCCUACCCCAAGAGGCCGCCGCCGCUCGGGCCUCAGAAGUAGCACGCUCGGCAGUUGCUUCACCUCAUGGUAGACUGCGAGCAGCAAUGCCUCGCUCUGUCGUAUUUAUACCAUCCGUGGUGGAGAGCGUGCGCUGCGCCCUUCGCGUUUCGUAUGGGGCAUCGUGCAAAACAGUUGUCGGAGAUAC